AUGGAAAACUUAAAGGAAAAAGGUUCAUUUUCAAAGCCUAUUAAUGUAAAAGUGAAACAAAAUGGAAGACAAACAAGUGGUAUCAGAGCAGAAUUGGGAGGACGGUUCAAUGACAGGUCCAGAGAUCAAGAAGAAAACCCUGAGUUAAGGGACCUGGUCUCCAAAGGAAGAAGGAAAUGCUAUCUAACGGUUGACCUUGCUGAGGAACCAAAACUCUUCCUGAAUACUAAUGAAAUGGACAUACAGGACUCUAAAAUAAAAGCUACAAGUCAGUCCAUUGAUAAUUUUGAGAAGCCAAGUCAAGACAAAGAGAACCCGUUCUCUCAGAGCUUGCAAAGAAAAGAGACUGAAAGUAAAACGAUUAAAGCAAGCAAUAUGCAGCAAGAUAAAUCUCCCUCCUCCGAGUGUCAGGACAAGGUGAACAAAUCACCUACAAAAGGUGUAAGGUCGUCUGAAGAAGUAAAAGAGGCACAUGUGCCUUCAACUCAAGAAGAAUCUGAAUCCAAAUUCAAUACUCUUUCUGGGAAAGACAAGGCACCAGGUUCUUCGAAUGCUAACCUAGACUUAGUUAUCAGCUCUAAAAUUGUAUCCUAUGAUGCUGUACCAUUGGCCAAGAUUUUCCCUGAAAGGGAUCAUAGUCAUGAUGCUCAUAAAAAUGAUUCUAAUGAUGAUGAGGUACUUCUUGCUUCUGUAAUGAGAAAAGGAUCUAGGAGCAAAUCUAAAUCCUCAGUAAGCAAGAGCUCUAAAGAGGAGGCUCUAGAGUCAGCUCUCAAAGCAAAUAAAGCAAAAGGCAUUAAAAGGACUAGAAGUGCUUUGGUAAAAAGUCAUUUGAUUGAUGAAGCAGAGCCAAUAGAUGUGGAAGCUGCAGCUGCAUAUGAGAAAGAUAAAGAUUUCGAAGUAAGAAGAGAUGAUGCUCCUAGUGAGAAGAAAAACUGUAAAAAGAAGAAGAAAGGUGAAAAGGAAGUCACUCAAGAAAAGAGUGACAAGUCAAUGAAAGAAUCAAAUAUCACAAAAAGGAGAAGAAGCAGAAAUGAUGAGGAGUCAUGUUCCAUGAAAAGGCCAAGGGUGGAUCAAAGUGUAAGUGAAGAAGAAAGAAGAAAAACCUUCAAAAAUCAAAAGGUCUUGCUAGGCAGGGUAUUCGAUCCAGAGGUAGCUAGCCAUUUUGGAACGAGAGAUCUACUUGAGAUAACUGAGUUCAAAAAAUGGGAUCACUUGUUCGCCCUGCCAGUUCCAAGUGUCUAUAAGGCGCAGGUGUUCUUUGAAAAGCUUCAGUAUUCAGACGACCAUGGCACUCUGUAUACAUCUGUCAAUAGAACUAUAUUUGAGUUAACUGAGGAGACACUUGGAGCAAUUCUGAAAAUUCCUACGGAAGGAAUAUGA